CUAAGUGACACUGUAUCAAAAAUAGGAAGUGAAACCGGUUUUAGCUGCUCUCCGUCUAACCACUGGUUCAUUUAAACUUUAGUCUUUCGACUGCAAGAAGAGACUGAGACAGGCUGAAAACUGAACAUCACAAUUUGUAUUUAAUGUGACUUUAUAUCAGAGCAUUUUACAAAAUCCCAUGAAGAUGAAGACUACAACCAUGCUGUCGGCAGAAGUCAGAUUCAUUUACAUGGGUUUGAUCCUGUACAUGUCAGGGAUUCAGGCAGAACAGAAAACUGUCUGUGCCUUGAAAGGUUCAUCAGUGGAUCUGUCCUGUUCAGCUCAACGUCACACUAUGAGCCAGAGAUGGUACUUUGCACACAAGACGACAUCUGGAUGUAAUCUGACUGAAGUCAAUGUGGAAGGAAAUGACAAAUACAACACGGCUAACUUCACGCUAAAAAUAACCAAUCUGACAGAGAGUGAUGCAAAGAUGUACUGCUACGGUGACAAAACAAACCCACAGUCGUGCUGGGAAAAUGCUGUCAACCUCCAAGUGACAGACGUGCAGGUAAAGGUGCUUCCUUCAACACAGGGUGAGGCAGUGACACUGGUGUGUAGCACCAGCUGUUCUCUGACUAAUUACACCUGGUAUAAAAACACAAAGUAUGUCUAUGAGGACGCAUCUCCCUGGUACCAAGAGCUGGUCAGCAGUGAUGAAGCAGUCACGUACUCCUGUAGUACUAAAGAUUACAAGGAUGUCAGAGCCCCUGAAGUCUCAGUGGAUUCUGUCACAUCAACCUGCUUCACGGUGACCUACGCUAAAGGAAGCAUCUGUCCUCAUGGGCGCUGCUCCAUCACGUAUCCCAGAGAAGUAUGUGUUCAAAGGACUCCUCCAAAUGGAGGCCAUGUCAGUCUAACAUGUAACACCAGCUGUUCUCUGUCUGAACCUCAACCUGCCUUCUCAUGGUACAAGAACAGACAAAAAUACACUAUUCAGUCUAAACAUCCCAGCUCCUCUCCCGAUACCUUCUCCUGUGCUGUAAAAGAACAUGAGAGAUUACUUUCUGCUGAAGUUUGUGUUGUAGAAAAGAACUGCUCGACAGUGAACUACGUCAGCAGGAGAAUCUGUGCUCUAGAAGGUUCGUCAGUGAACAUUUCUAGUGAAUAUUCACAUCCUGAGAACCAAAAGCCAAACUUCAAAGUUUGGUAUAAAAUAAAGGAACAAGCUGAAAAGCUGACAGAGGCUGCAGGACAAGUGGAGUGGAGUGAAACAGAUAAGAAUCACCACAUCCUGACGCUCAAGAAGGUGAAGAAGACUGACUCAGCAGAAUACGCAUUCAGAGCCCACACAGUCGAACCAGCAGAGAGAAGGUCGGACCUACCAGGAGUGACUCUGGUUGUCACAGACCUGAGAGUGAAGUUUGCUCCUUCUCGGGAGGUGACGGAGGGCGACAGAGUCACACUGACCUGCGAUACCAGCUGUCCCCUGACCAACAACACAAACUACCUUUGGUACCGGAACGGACGACCUCUGACCCCGACAGAGACACACAAGCACCUUGUUCUGGACCCAGUCAGCCGUCAGCAGGCAGGAAGCUACUCCUGUGGAGUCCAAACCCACAAAGACAAGCGCUCGAAAGAAAAGUCUCUCACUGUCCAAAGUCUCAGGAGUGUAUUAGUACCAGUAGCUGCAGGCGCUGCAGCUGUGGUCCUGGUUAUAAUCGCUGUCACUGUCUGUUGCUGGAUCAGAACAAAGAGGACUUUGGAGCAGCCUUCCACAAGUGGAGCAGGUGAAAUCACAGUGCAGCAGCUUGAUUCUGGCCCCUUGUAUAACAACAUCAGUGCUCAGCCAACACUACAGGAGGAGCAUCACUAUGGAAGACUGGUCUUCUCUAAGGACCACACAGAGGAUCUCUACUCCACCAUGAAUGCAGCCGUCUGAACUGAGACCAGUGCUGGUAUAUUGAAGAAAUCGUUCCCAGGAUGAAUUUAAUAAGCAGAAGGACAAUAUUAUAGAGAAUCACAUGUUCCUCCUGAUUUUCCAGACUUCUUUCAUUGUGUGUUUCUUAGAUUAUGUUUAACCUGUAACAGCUCAGACUAAACAUGGAUCUGACAGGUUGGACUUUAUGAAGCAUCUCUGAUCACAUGCAGUGAUCUAUAAAGACAUUAGUCUGUUGUCAUGGUUCAUCAGAUGUUGAUUGAUGAGAGUCACUGAUAGCAAAUGCACGUAAACAUAAGGAGGCCUGAAAUUUGUCUUAGGCAGCUGCGUUUUUGUACAGUACUAAUGGAAUAUUGCGUUAACACUGAACAGUCAUUAUGGAUUUGUCACUGCUUGUAUAAAGAACAAGUGAAGACAUUUACAUAUCAUUUCCCCAAUUUUGACACAGAUAAAAUACUCACUGCAAUCACUGUAUCACUAGAACAGACAUAAGGCUUCAUGUUGCACCACGAGCCAAUAAAGUGUAAGGAAUACAGUAACGACCUAGAGAAAACACCGAAUAAUGAUAAUGUUCUUUUCUCUACUUGUACCUAACGUUUUAUUGUAUGUCAUUUUACAUUUUGUAUUGACUGAUGAACUUUGUGUCCCACCUCAUCCUUUCCAUGUAAGAAGAGCAACCAAUUAUAAUGAAAGGAGUGUUGGUUUGACUACACGGAUGCAGGCACCAACCACACACAGACCUGUUGUAAAGUAACUGCUGAUAAUUCAGACAUUUUGAGAGAUGUGGAUUUUAUCUUUUCUGUUGGCCUGGUAGCUCAGUAGUAGUAGUAAAGUAAGCAUCAGCCUGGGAAGCAGAACUAGUACCAGAGUCCUAGUACCAGGUAUGUCCUUGGUCAAGACACUUCACACUAGCUCCCCAGGCACCACACCGUGGCUGCCCACUGCUCCCCCACGUGCGGAGAUACGUUCCCAUACUUCUGGGAUCAAUAAAUGUUGUAAACUGUUAAAAAGGUUGAGAAAUGUAUAAAAAAACAAGCUUUAAAUGUAUUAGAGUAUUAAAGAAGAGCAUAUGCGAUAUAUCAAUGAUAUUGACCCGCGAUUGGGAAAUUGCAAUGUUGCAACAGAUAAGAUAACAAAAAUCACAAUUGUUAUAAGAAAGGCAAAAAACAGGGUGAGAACUGCACAGGUUAUCAACAUUAUGUACACGUCACAAUGAGUUAAAGUGACUGCAGUAGACAAAGUAACUGUGUCAUAACCUGGACUUUUGUUUUGACACUUCCUGUUUUAUUUUUAUGCAUUUCCUGUUUUGUCGUGUCAUGUUUAGUUUUACUUUAUUUUCCUGUCAUGUGAGUCACCAGCCGUUGCCAAUCAGUAAUCAGUCAUAUACUGUAUACCCCAGUAUUCACCCGCAGCCUUUGCCAGAUUGUUAGCUCGUAUCCCAUGUGUCUACGUUCCAGCAUUCAUAUUAAGUCUGGCCGUGUACCAGUUCAGAUCGUGUUUUUGACCUUGCCUUGCCUGCUCCCUGUUUGUACUGUUUUUGAACUCUGCCUUGUUAACUGAACCUAGUCUGGAAUCUGACUGUCUUUGCCUGUCCCGUCUGUAUUGUUGCCUGCAUUAAACCUCCACAAACCAUAUCUGCGUGUGUGGAGUGGCCCCUCACUCCAAAAGCCCGCAGUCCCCUCAGCAGGUACAGGUAGAGACAACACAGCCUGAUGUAUUGUGUCUGAAGUCUGCAGUGUAGAGGGUGAAGAGAAAGGGGGCCAGGACAGUCCCCUGGGGGGCUCCCAAACUGCAGGUCCAGAUAUCAGACACAGUCUGGUGCUCUCACAAACUGGGGACGGUUUGUGAGGUAGUCCAGUACCCACUCCACCAGGUAAGUGUCCACACCAGCUGAC